AUGUCAUCCCCUAUCGUAGUCGCUUUCGGAAACCCCCUCCUCGACAUCCAGGUCGCUGCUGACGAGGGUCAGAAGUACUUGGAAAAGUAUGACUUGAAGGCGAAUGACGCUAUCCUCGCCGAGGAGAAGCACAUGCCUAUCUACGACGAUAUCGUGGCCAACGCCAAGGUCACCUACGUUGCUGGUGGUGCUGCCCAGAACGCCGCUCGGGCCGCUGCUUACGUCCUUCCCCAAGGCUCAGUCGCGUACAUCGGCUCCGUCGGUGACGACGACCUCAAGGAGACUCUCCAGAAGGUCAACGACGCCGAGGGUGUUCAGUCCGCCUACCAGGUCCAGCCCUCGCCCACCAAGACUGGUGCCUGCGCCGUCAUCUGCACCAACCACGACCGGUCCCUGUGCACCACCCUCCGCGCGGCCGAGAUGUUUACCCCGUCCCACUUGUCCACGCCCGAGGUCGCCAAGCUCCUGACUGGCGCCAAGUACUUCUACAUUGGAGGGUUUGUUCUCACGCACGGUGUCGAGUCGGUGCUCGAGAUCACCAAGGCGGCUAGCUCAGCGGGCAAGACGGUCGUUUUGAACCUGUCGGCACCGUUCAUCCCCCAGUUCUUCAAGGUCCAGCUCGAGCAGGUCCUCCCCCACGUCGACAUCUUGAUUGGAAACGAGAGCGAGGCCGCUGCCUACGCCCAGGCCGCCGGUAUGGGAGACUCGGCCCUUCCCCAGAUCGCCUCCACCCUCGCCUCAUCUACCAAGUCCAACGCCUCCCGCCCCCGUCUCGUCAUCAUCACCCAGGGCUCCCAAUCCACUCUCGUCGCAUCCUCUUCCCCCUCCAACUCCUCGUCCAACCUCAAAACCUCGGACGAGAACCCCAAAACCUACCCCGUCCCUUCCCUCUCCUCCGACAAGAUCAUCGACACCAACGGCGCCGGUGACAUGUUUGCCGGUGGUUUCCUCGGCGCGCUCGCGUCCGGCAAGAGCCUGGAUGAGUGCAUUGAGGUCGGACACAGGUUGGGGCAGAUGUGCUGUGGCCAGAUCGGGCCCAAGUUGGCUUGGCCCAAGCAGAGCGUUGUCUAG